AGCGCGCGGCGCCGCCCGGCAGCGGAAAGCGGCGGGGCCCGGCCGGCGGCACUUCCGGGGCGGUGCCGGAAGCGGCGGCGGCUGUGGAGGGGUCGCCAUGGUGUGCGACAAGUGCGAGAAGAAGCUUGGAACAGUGAUCACUCCUGAUACAUGGAAAGAUGGUGCAAGAAACACUACAGAAAGCGGUGGUCGUAAAUUAAAUGAAAACAAGGCAUUGACCUCAAAGAAGGCAAGGUUUGAUCCUUAUGGAAAGAACAAAUUUGCAAUAUGUCGGAUUUGUAAGAGUUCUGUCCACCAGCCAGGGUCCCACUACUGUCAAGGAUGUGCCUAUAAAAAAGGCAUCUGCUCAAUGUGUGGCAAGAAGGUCUUGGAUACGAAGAACUACAAGCAAACUUCUGUCUAAUUGUACUGACUAGUCUUUUUAUGAACUUUACCUUCUGUGUCUUUGUACAGUAACUUUUUUCUAAAAUGAUUUGUGAAUAAUACUUUUUGGAAGAUAGUACUUGGAAUGAGAGGUAAAGACAGACUGCUUGCCUAAAAUGUACAUAAUAUUUGAUUAUAGUUGUUUUAGCACUAGUAUUAACUGGUAUUUAAAGAUAAUGGCUUUCAGCAACUGUUAGAGUUCAAAGGGAUGGAGAAGAUGCUAGUGGGUAGGUUAAAACUAGAUUACCAUUAGAACACAGAUCUUUGAGAUGAAUACUUUUUUUCCCCCCUAUCACAAGUCUUCUGCUUGUAAUGGUUUGUAGAUUAAAUAUGAACUUGCAUCUCCUCAUUAAAGUAUCUUUUAGUUGUA